UGUCGGCUGCUGCCCCGCCGAUCCCUCUGCUUUGGGGGGAGGUGCUCGCUUCCCUCAGAACCUCCGCUCGGCUUUCUAUCUUUCGGCUACAGCAUCCACACCUUCAUCUAGUCCUUGAUCUUCUCCUUCUUCCCUCCUCACCCCAUCUGGCUCCAAAGCUUGCUUGCCAAUUGUAAAUCGCCUCCAAAGAAACAUCGUACAAGAAGCACCACAAUCGAGCAAGUGACGCAUCGUCCUUCUUUGCUCUUUCCUUUCUCCUCCCCCAGCACAACGCCAAGAUUCUCGCCCGGGUCUCUUCCAUCGCUUCCCACCUCCUUUCCACAUCUUCCCGUCGGACCGCUGCAAAGAUGUCUCAGGCAGUUGCGGACAUUGGCCUCAUCGGCCUGGCCGUCAUGGGCCAGAACUUGAUUCUGAACAUGAACGACAAAGGCUUCACUGUCUGCGCCUACAACCGGACUGUCUCCAAGGUUGACGACUUCCUCAACAACGAGGCCAAGGGCACCAACGUCGUCGGCGCCAAGUCGAUCGAGGAGUUCGUUGCCAAGUUGAAGCGUCCGCGCAAGAUCAUUCUCCUCGUUAAGGCCGGUUCUGCUGUCGAUGCAUUCAUCGACCAGCUCGUGCCUCACCUCGAGAAGGGCGACAUCAUUAUCGACGGCGGCAACUCGCACUACCCCGACUCGAUCCGCCGCACGGCCGAGCUCGAGAAGAAGGGCCUGCUCUUCGUCGGCUCGGGUGUCUCAGGUGGCGAGGAAGGUGCCCGCCAUGGCCCGUCAUUGAUGCCCGGUGGCUCGGAUGCCGCCUGGCCGCAUAUCAAGGAGAUCUUCCAGAAGACCGCCGCGCAGUCGGACGGCGAGCCAUGCUGCGACUGGGUCGGCCAGACCGGCUCGGGGCACUACGUCAAGAUGGUGCACAACGGCAUUGAGUACGGCGACAUGCAGCUUAUCUGCGAGGCCUAUGACAUCCUUAAGCGAGGCGUUGGCUUUUCCAACGACGAGAUUGCCGACGUGUUUGAUCAGUGGAACAAGGGCGUCCUUGACUCCUUCUUGAUCGAGAUCACGCGCGAUAUUCUGCGCUACAAGGACGACGAUGGAGAGCCGAUGCUCGAGAAGAUCCUAGACUCUGCCGGCCAAAAAGGGACGGGCAAGUGGACGGCGAUCUCUGCGCUGGACCUCGGCCAGCCAGUUACGCUGAUCGGCGAGGCAGUGUUUGCGCGCUGCCUGUCGUCGCUCAAGGCGGAGCGCACGCGCGCGUCGAAGAUCCUGAGCGGCCCGCAAAUCAAGCCCUUCGAGGGCGACAAGACUCAGUUUGUCAAGGACUUGGAGCAGGCGCUGUACGCGUCCAAGAUUGUGUCGUACGCGCAGGGCUUUAUGCUGAUGCGCGAGGCGGCCAAGGAGUACAACUGGACGCUGAACAACCCGUCGAUCGCGCUGAUGUGGCGCGGUGGCUGCAUCAUCCGCUCGGUUUUCCUCAAGGACAUCACAAACGCGUUCCGCAAGGACCCGCAGCUGGAGAACCUGCUAUUCGACGACUUUUUCAACAAGGCGAUCCACGCCGCGCAGGACGGCUGGCGCCGCGUCGUCGCGCAAGCAAUGCUUUGGGGCAUCCCAACACCUGCCUUUUCGACAGCGCUUGCGUUCUUUGACGGCUACAGGACCGAGCGCGUGCCGGCGAACCUGUUGCAGGCGCAGCGCGACUACUUUGGUGCACACACCUUCCGCGUCCUGCCGGGCAAGGAGAACGCCAAGCUGCCGGCGGGCCAGGAUAUCCACAUCAACUGGACGGGCCGAGGCGGCAACGUGUCUGCCAGCACGUACUCUGCCUGAAGCAGCAGCGAGCGCGCUGCUAGUAUUUCGUCAAUUUGGAGAAGAAAAGAGUGAGAGGGGGUCAGCGAGCGCGCGCGCGGGGUGCAUCCUCUCCGUGCGCGUUCGUCGUCAUUGAAAUUCGACCCUGGAUCCAGGUCCAGUCUGUCUCGCGCGGGGCCCGUGUGUGUAUGUAUGUAUGCAUGUUUCUCUCGGCGAACGAUCAUGCUU